AUGGGUUCCGGAAUACCAAAUAAACAGGAGAAGCUAAGCUUCGGUAUAGAAAUGGAAUUCUUUGUAGCGUGGCGAGCUGAGACUUUCACCGGCACGGUACCAACGCCCCCGGGAUUCGAGUCAAAGACCGGGGAGCCCCUGGUGGUUAAGGGGAACUGGGCGACGGAGGGUGACAGGGUGAGUGCUCUGGCUCAUAUGAUAGACGAAGCAUUCCCAUCGUGCGCAGCAACAGUUGCUCCGUCGGAAGGAGAGAUACCGGACUACAGGACUGAGUCGUGGUAUCAUCUAUUGCCCUUUCGCCAUCAUUGGGAUGUUUCAGUCGAUUCUUCACUGAACAGGCUGCCCGUAGAGCUGAGAGAUAAAACCGGACCAGAUUUCGGAUGGGUCGGCGCUGAAAUUGCUUCGCCGGCUCUCUGGGCUACAGACGAGGGCUUCGAGGAAGUCCGCAGAAUGUGUGAGUUUCUCCAGACAAACCUUUUGACAUUCACCGCUCCUGAAGCUGGCUUCCACGUGCACGUAGGCGGGGGAAACGAAUGGCUAUCUCUAAGUUCGCUUAGACAGAUUGCCGCUUUUCUCUAUUCAGCAGAUAUGGUAUUAGCUCAGUCUCACCCCGAACACAGGUACAAUAAUGCAUGGUGUCCGAGCCCACGCCUUUAUUCUAAUCUUUCCGUCGGGAUCAAGCACCUCCCUAACCAAGCCCAGCCUGCUCCUCCAGACGAACGAUUAGCGUAUGCUGAUUCCAUGGGGCUCGCAAAGAACUCUUCCCAAGAUCCGGUAGGUCCUGCUAAGCCUCCGCGGGAAAAUCAAGACCCCGCAAAGCAUCGAUUCUCUCCCCGACCAACUGUAAGUAACUUGAAAAUCCAGACGCAUGCGCUAGAACGGGUCUUGAGUUAUCUUGGGUCAGACCUCGAGGAGAUUCCGGACCCCCGAACUUACCUGCCGACCCCGAUGAUGACUGCUGUUGCCGAACUUCUAAGAUCGCCGGAUAGAAGGUCCAUCGCAAGGCUCAUGAACAUCGGACAGAGGAAAGGAGCGUACAGCUUCAUACAGCUCGAAAGAGAAUAUAAAAGAACAAUUGAGUUCCGCCAGGCUGCCAGCAUGGUUGACCCAGUUGGAGUUGUUGCUUAUGCAAGGAUUGCGGUAGGUCUUUGCCAGUUCGCUAUAACUGCCAGUCAUGAAGAUUUCUUCAAGAUAAUUCUUGACUGUAAAAUUUCAGAGAGACAUCCCUCUUGGUACGACGUUUACGAUCUCCUCGAAGACGUAGGUCUCUACCCUGAAGCUAAAGUCGUACAGGCAGUUUUAUCAGACACGAUGACCGAUGAUAUGCGAAGGGAAUAUUGGUUGAGUCGUGGGCACGCACCACGUCCAUAAUUGUCUGAUUGGUUCGAAUUUAGGGAUAGGUUGUGGGAUUUAUGACGGGAAUUUACCUGUUUUGAAGAUGGAAUGGGCUCCAAUAGGGACGCAUUGCUUCCAAACUCUUUGAGUUACAGUUGUCCUAGAUUCAAAGACUUGAUAUGAGGUAGGAUAAAGAGAUAG